UUGUACAUGCCACUUCGAGCUCGGUCUCUCUCCAGAUAAGAUCGUUUGCUUUUCAGCCGCUCUCACAACUGAAACUUUCUCUUGUCAAACACGCGCUUUCAAGUGUUUGGACUGAAAACUUUCCUUGCUUAGAUCGACUGUAUAGUAAGUUGAGGAAGGUUUUUCUGUGUCGCCUUGGGAAGUUUUUAUUCGGGAUUUUACGGAUUUUGAGAGACUGAAGAUGCUGUGCACGGCCAGACCACCAGAGAUGAUCAACACUUUCAAACAGGAGCCGCAAGAGAUCAUGAACGACUGGAACGUGUACCACGCACAGUCCGGUUACCACGAGGACGCCUAUCUCCCGCCGUCGGUACUGCAGCCUCCGGUUCCCCAGAGGAAGAAACCCCAGCAGGUGGGCAGGAACAGGAAGAACGCCUACAUGCCUCACCAGGUACAGCUGCUAGAGGGCGUUUAUCAGGCCACCAAGAUGCCGGACUCCGCGCAGAAGAACGUCAUCGCGACUUACGUGGGAGUCGGCUCCAAGCAAGUUCAGACGUGGUUCCAGAACCGCCGUAGCCGAGACAGAAGAGUUGGCGCUGCGCUGGCCAGCAUGCCUCACCGGACGCAGGGUCCACAGCUCAUCGCUGAUGACUACAUGCAGAAGGUUAUCACUGAGGUCAUGGCAGCCAAGGAGCCCAUGAGCAACCGGAAACGCCAGACCAUGAAGCCCGUCCCAAGCUGCCCUUUGGACCUGUCUACAACAGCAAACCCAUCCACAGCUGCCACAUCCCCACUCCACCACCCCAGGUCACCAGACAGCAACAACAACAACUCCAAGUGCAGUACAGCGACGCCACCUAGCAAGAGUGAGCAGGACUGCAGCGUGAAGUCUCCAGUUGAGCAGGGCACACCGGGGUACGUGGAAGCGCCACUCCAGUAUCUGCCAAGCAUGUCUUUCAUGAAUCCAGGAGCGACAACAACAGUACACUGGUACUACACAGACCAUGUGGGCACAGACGACAUCCGGGAGUACAACAGAACAGUGGUAAUGCCGGAGAAAUACCAUCCCAUCCCGUCAUCAUACUAGAAAAAGUUACGGACAAUCUUGUGGUAGUAUCUACCAUUUUUAGGACUAAGUAUAGCCGGUCUGCUUUUGUUUGAAGUUUGUUCAAAGAUUUGUGACAUGUAAAAAUAGGUUUGUUUAUGAGACUGUAAAUAUUUUGUACAUAGUAAAAGGAUCUAUGCUAUGGUUUUUUAUGACAAGUUGCGUUGUUGUAUUAUGUUGUGUUUAAGACACAUUUAGUUGCAUUUGUAUUAUGUUGUAAGUUAUACAAUCUAUGUUUUUUUUAUGACAAGUUGCGUUGUAUUAAUGUUGUAAGUUAUACAAUCUUCAAGUUCUUGAACAUUCUUUCAAGUUUUACUGGGAAAGGGGCUCACAUGCCUGGUUAGUCCAAAUUGCGCCCUACAUACUUUAUAUGCAUUAAAACAUCUAAUAAAAAACACACCAGCUUCUUCUUAUUACUAUUUAUUGUAUUUCCACCAUAGUUACAAGCAGAUUUGAAGUCUGGAUAAUAACAAUAUUUUUGUAGUAAAGAUUGCACAAAAUGUUCUGGUUGUAACUACACCAAUGCAAAGUACCAUAUAGCUGUUUACAAUUGUACAACAAGUUGGCUCUUCUCAGUUAUCGUUUUCAAAUAAAUGUCAAUGUUCUAUGAUAUAAAGUCUGCAUUUUCACUUUUUGCUAGAAAAGACACCAUUGUCAUUAUUAAAGCAGCUUUUGAGAAUCAUGGAAAGCACAGCGAACGUUAAGCA